CGUACUACAAGUGCAAUUACAUCACCACGGCUGGCCUCCACCACGGUUGCUGCUCGGCCGGCUCCCCUACAGGCGACUGCACUCUCCCGGUGUCAUCGGUGCCGAACAUUGUUCCCGAGUUGCUUUUUUCUGCUCUCGCCUCGUCUUGCCCUUAAACGGUAGACAGGAUCAACGUCGACGUCAACGUCAAACUACAACUACACGAAAACGUGUGCCAAACUGCGACACUAAAAACCGACAUCGUUAACGUUCGUACUAGCUGCUGUGUGCGACAGCGCCUGAACCAGUGACGCAGUCAUCAAAAUUGUCCUAAAUAUUUCGGACUUUGGACUGCUCUAACUCGUAAACAGUAAGACGAAGAGGCAUGCUGGGGAUAGGAACGCUCCUAGGAGCGUAGAAAACCCGUUUAAAACGUGACUUAAAUUUUAAAGUUCGUUUUUGUGCUUCCAAAUGAGCACACACCAUUAGAAUUGGUAGAUAAAGUCAGUUGUACACAUUUGCUCGGUUGCCAAAAAAUCGCAAACACAGCCAAACAACGCAAAAGGGGGAAUUUGCUUCGUUUUUCCUUUUUAUGCGCAAACAUUUUACGCAACCACGAUCGUGCGGGGAGCGCCCGCGUCGACCUGCGCGAACGAUUUUUUGCCAGCACGGUUUUCCCUAAAUUUUCCUUUGCACACACACACAGACACAAUCGAGAAAGAGAACAUCCCGGACGCUAUUAAUGAAACAAAAGCGGGGAGAUUUGGUGGGCAAUUUUGUGCGAUUUUGCUCUCCCGUUUGCCCGUUUGCACUGCGCUGUGUGGUGGUAACAGUUUUGCAUCACCGUUCAACCGGCGUGAACGUUCGUUGCCGGUAUUUUGAGAGUGUGGAAAAUAGCGCCAGCAGUGCAUUUUAACGUUUUCCAUCGCAUCAUAGCAAGCGCUGCAAGGUUUAUCGGGAAGUUUUCCCCCUUUUGCUUAAAAUUUCAACGGUUAUCAUCUAGCUGCGUGUGUGUGUGACGCGUGCAAAAGCAUAUGUUUUGAUACGGCAACUGGUGGGGAGCGGUGGGUGUUUAUACAGCUGGCAAAGUGCAAUUUAAUCAUCCCUUUCCAUCCCCCCCUGUGAGUGUGUAAUCGAAGGUUCGUAUUUUUCUGUUACGAGCCGGUCCCAUCAGGGCAAGUAAGGCAGAAAGCGGAGAAGGCGGUGGCGCAACGGACGGCAGCACAACAUAACCGAGGAGCGGAGGGGGUUCGAGCACACGAACGCAUCGCCAUCGUAGUCGUCGUGGUCGUCGUGUCAGCAUCGUCGGAGGAAGUUGUGCGAAUUCAGCGGCCGAACCGUACGCAGGCAUGUACUGGUCCGUCAAGCGGCGCGCUUUGAAAAGGUGAUUACGAAUGUGUUUGAAUGGAGUGUGUGAAGUUUUAGUGUUGAGUGUUGAUUUUCCCUUGCUUCCUCCAUACAUUCCAAAGUGUGUGUGCCCAAAUCCCAAAAUUUAAUCAACAAACGGAGCAAUAAUUAUGACGCUGUAGGAAUUGUUAACGACACCAUCAUCCCUUCACCAAAAAAGGGCGUCUCCAUGACGACGUUGUGAGAGUGUGUUUGUGUGUGCGCUCGUGUGUGAGUAAAUUUUACGCAUCGGGAAACCGGCUCAGGAACCGUGAAUUUGUAUGCGCUCUUGACAAACACUGCCAACAGAGACCAACAACAAGUGUGUUUACAUUCGCUCGCUACUGACAGGCACCGCUGGGCUGGUAUUAUUGCGCUAUCGGAAACAGUAUUUGCCGAAAUAGGGCGCCGCGGCUUGUGACCACCGCUAAAUAAGUGUCGGGAGUGUUCGCGACAUACAAAAGCCCCGAUCCCGACGCGGUUCUAUUCGCGUAUCAAGUUCGAUUCGAUUGCAGACGGCCAAGUGAAUCAGUCUCGAGCAGGCCGCAGCUCAGUUUCUCUUUGUGUGGUGUACAAAGGGGUGUGCCACUGUGUGUGUUUCCUGCUUCCGGUUUUUAUGCACAAGCAGAAAGAAGAUUCUUGGAAGAAAGUGUGUUAGUGUGGGUGUGUAUGUAGAUGAUUCACGAUCCCAAUCCACCCAUCAUCAGCUGGAACCGUUCGUGUGUGCGGAGUGAACAGAGUCACAUUGAAGUGUCCCCUUGCCUGGUGCUUGGCGUGUGUGUGUGUGAGCUUGUGUGUGCCGUGUGACGAUCCUGUGCUUUUUCUCAACCUCUCCCUUAAGCUACCACCUCUCCCCUCCCCCAAUUCUAACACACGCCCCCUUGCAGGGGAAUCCUUGCUGUGACAGAGGCAAUCGCACCUUUCCCACCUUAAACCUUAAAGGAACGCGGCAGGAAAUAAUACCCCACCAGCACAGGAUGGCCAUGUUCGAUCUCGAUCGUCUCAUAACCGAUCUCUUCAAGACGACCGUCCUGCCCGGGAUAGCGAUCGGGCUGUGGUUGACCGAUUUGUAAGUAAAAUGACGGGAGUGCGAUAUCUGUCCGACUUCUUCGGUUGGCACCGAACUUCUUUGUCCCGUGUGUGUGUGUGUAUCUGUGUGUCCGAGAUCGCGUUUUGCUUGUACUUUGUCUUCUUUGCACUACUGCACCCACACACACACACACACGCAACAGAUUUAUCUUGAUGUUAUGCAAGCGUAUUCGCCGGGACGUGGGGAAAAGGUCGCACAGCUUCUUGGCGAGUGAAUAAAUGCCCACGGACACUGGAGCGGUGGAAUCGUUAAUAGAAUUAAAAUGUCUUGGCCCGUCUGGUGCACAUUUAAAUCACAGAUCGCGCCACCAUGACGACGAUCUGGUGCGCGGACAGUUCUAGAAGAUCGUGUGAAUGAUCAUUCCCCUUUGUUUGCCACUUUAGCUUUGCUUCCUGCGCGCCAUCGUAUGUAGUUCCGUUGCUGUUUUUCUAAUGCUUGCUCGUUUUUCUUACAUUCUAUUGCACUACGUGCUUGCAUGAAAUUGAAAUAAAUAUUUGUUCUAUUCUUUAUAAUUUCUUUUUCACAUCGUUUCCAUGAGAUAAUUGUUCUAUUUUGCCGCUCCGGUUAUCUUCUUUUUGCACGAUCGGUUCUUGCUUGAAUGCAGUUCUCUGUGUUUUCUUUUUCUUUUUGUUGUUCACGAUGGCGCCCAUUUCAUAAACAAAUGCUCUCUCUCACCCUCUCUGCUCCCCCAUUGGCGCAAAAACCACGAGGGUUGAACUUUGUACUGACUGGUUAUCAUUGUUAUGUAUGUUUUAUGAAACACAAGUUGUACCUCUCUACAUGAUUGUUUCAAACCGAACCACAUUCUAUUCGUUUCCUACAUUGUGGAUGCAUUUCAAGGUCUUUUGUUGAAUUUAAUAAUCUUCUUCUUCUAUUUGGGACGUAAACGUCCUAGGGGAACAUACUGCUGGGUCUAUCUUAAGUCUUAUAAAGGCUUUCGAGACUUAGUUCAGUACACCACUAUACUACUACAGCCGUAUAACAUAAGUUAAUUAUUUCUACGGGGGGACGCGGGUUCCAUUGUAGAGUUGAACCCACGACAAGCAUGUCGUAAAGUCGAGUACGAGUACGAGUUGACGACUGUACCACGGGACCAAAUUGUCAUUGUGGUAGUUCGAAUUGAAGUUGGUUGUUACGAGAAUAGCGUAUGCUCGAGCUUCUAACAGUCAAACAAUUGAAAUGAUCAAUUGUAGUAUUAUACAUUUUGUGAUUUUAACAAGCAGAGUCUUGAUUAAUGGUUGACCCUACUUAAUCAAGGUCCUUUGCAUUACCUUUGCAUUACCAAAACAAUGAAAUUACUUUUAAAAAAACUCAUCUACGUAUAGAUAUACACUUCGAACUACGAAAUGAUUUAAUCGUAUGGUAAGGAGUAUACUUUUGUCUUUGGAUUUUGACUAAAAAUAUUUACUUCUGCAUAAUAAUCCACAACAUUUGCUUCGGUAUUUUCAUUAUUCAAAUCCUUAGCUUUGUAUUCUUUUAUUUUCACAAUUUAAAAUGAUGCUUCUACUUGCUUCUUAGCUAUUGAUGCACUUGAAUUAUUGUUUUCGUGUUUUUCAUCUUUCGCCUUUUCACCACUAAUACACUAUUUAUUCUCCUACUCACAUAUAUGUGUGUUUGAUGUUUUAGUUGUUCGUUUUUAUUGCUCCACAAUCAUCUUCUGCUUUAGCUAUGUUGAAAAAAUGUCACCUAUCCUAAGGAGUGCUAGUAAGCAAACUACAAACUUUAACUUUGUUUUGCUCACACCAACACCAACACCACGAGUCUCGCCGUACCGGUUUUUGCCAGUGCCACACAGUACACAGUACUUUGAUUGCAGAGAUAACGAAGAUGUGGUGCAGAUCUUCGCCCCAGAUUACGUGACACGCCAGCGGGGGAAAGGAGAUAGUUUAUUUGCCGCUUUUUUCAGGGUCAAGUGCAGAGGAGGCGUGCACUCACAACAAGUGCGCACGCUGUCUUCAUCCAACCCACACCACACAAACACAAAUGUAGGGGCCACUUCCUUUGCAAUUUGUGCCGGUUUUGUGCGGCGAAGAAGUAGAGUCUACAUCUAGUGUGUGCGCACCGAGCCUAAGUACACGCGCCCACACUAAUCGCACUCGAACGCGCGUUGCACCACGUCGAAUGCACCGUCGCCAAGAUGAUGCCCCUCUGCCGCAAAAUCGGUCGAUGUACGUGUGCGGUUGCGGUGCUGCUAUUUCUCGUCGGGUUCGUCAUACUACCGAUCAUCUUCAAGUAUUCGUACGCACUCCAGAAAAGCAUCCUCUUUCUCACCUUCAUAACCUACCCACCGAACCUGGACCUGAAGCGGCCGGAAAAGAGUGGCCUGUACGCGACGAGAAACUUCUACGUCAACCAUCACGACCACGAGGAGGACCUCGAGGUGAACGUUGCCGUGUGGCACGUGCUGCCGCUCGAUUUGGUGCGCCGCUAUGCGAAGGAAUUGCACGUCGACGAGCGAACGAUAGCAAACAAAACGCUCCCAACGAUAGAUGGCAUCACGAGCAACGGUGGUAGCAUCGUUGCCGAUGAAAAACAUCACGCCGGUGAUCGUUACAAAGGGAUCGAAAAAGUGCUGCGCUCGGACGGGUUUCAGCUAACCGAUGAGAAACACCAGCGCGACCUGUUCGAGGAGACGCUGCGGGCCACGACGAACGAUGUGGUGCUGUACUUGCACGGAAAUACGGCAUCGCGCGGCGCCCCGCACCGGGUCGAGCUGUACCAGAUGCUACGGGCGCUGAACUAUCACGUGAUAGCGAUCGACUACCGUGGGUACGGUGAUUCGGCCAACCUGUCGCCGUCCGAGCUGGGCGUCGUGUACGAUGCGCUGGCCGUGUAUCAGUACAUCACCAGCAUCACCAACAAUCCGGUCUACCUGUGGGGCCAUUCGCUCGGGACGGGCGUUUCCACGCAUCUGCUGUCGCUGCUGACCGAGAUGAGUCUGCCGGGGCCGAAAGCGGUCGUGCUGGAGAGUCCGUUUAACAACAUCAAGGAAGAGAUAUGUGCCCAUCCAUUUUCAAAGUUAUACCGUCACCUGCCAUGGUUCGACUACCUGAUCUCCAGACCAAUGUACAAGAAUAAGCUGCGCUUCGAGUCCGACCAGCAUAUUGCCGAGUUCCGCCAGCCGGUGCUGAUACUGCACGCGGAGGACGAUCUCGUGGUGCCAUUUGAAUUAGGCUAUAAGGUAAGUGUAAUGGGCGGCGCUCCACGCUCCCUCCAACAUGGCUGGUGCAGUAGUACAGCUUUCUUCUACUCCCCCCCCCUCCCCCAGCUUUACCGCAAAGCGCUAGACAUGCGGGGCAAAUCGUGGGGCCCGAUCGAGUUCCAUCGGUUCGAGAAGAGCAGCCACUACGGCCACAAGUACAUCUGCCGGGCGCCGAAUCUGCCCGAGAUUAUUGUGCGCUUUUUCCACGCGUACCGCGACGCACAAUACUGAGGCGGUGAGAGGGGAAAAGUGUGGCAAAUUGCAGAGUUGCAUAUAAGUUACUCGUUAUUUGUUACGUUAGGCUGUAGUUAAGUGGACUGAGUGAAAAGUGUCUAGAAGGAAGUGCUUUCGCAGGGUGUUUAUGCUGUGUACCGUGUAGUGGCGCGUACCGCAGUUGACCAAAUGUUGCAACACAUCGUUCGAAUUUAGCCAGUGUCAGGGUUUAUUAAGAGCGUGGAGAAAUGUUCGAUUUCCCCCCCCGCGGAAAGUAAUUAGAUAUAACGGCGUGUAUUUCGGUCGAUUUAGCUUACGAGUGUCUACAUGAGAGAUUCGUUUUUAGAUGAACUAUUUCGUAGAAGUAAUCCCUCUGAACAAUAAAUGAACUAAAUAAGAAAAAAAAAA